CCCAUCCCAUCCCCCUUUGAAAGAAAACAAGACAUUUCAUUACCCCAAACAAUAAUGUUUGUGUUACCUUUGCCAAACCAAAAUUAAGGAAAAUAAUUUGGAACACUCUCGUUGUGAGCUGACCAACCAUGUUUCCUUUACAACGCGGCAAUGAGCUGGUAAUCCAUUUUUCUAAUGGUCUCUACCCGCAGCACAAAAUCUCCCAAGAUCUCAUUCGGGACGAUCAAAAUAUCGAUCAAUCUCCCCAUGUCGGCUAUUCUGAUAAAAAAUGGCGUACAAGCCGCCCAAAAAAACUAUUUUAUCAUGAGGCUGCAGCUACCAGCCACGCUAAUUCUUCUAACCAAGAAUAUGCUAAAAAGAUGGUUCAUAGAGAGAUUGAAAGGCAAAGGAGGCAAGAAAUGGCUACCCUUCAUGCCUCUCUUAGAUCCCUUCUCCCUCUUCGCUUCAUCAAGGGAAAGCGUUCCAUAUCUGAUCAAAUGAACGAGGCAGUGAAUUACAUAAAUCACCUUCAGAAGAAUAUUAAAGAGUUGAGUGACAAGAGGGAUAAGCUGAAGAAGAAACCCUCCAUAAAUUCCACCCCUGAAGGCCAUGAGAAUUGCAAGCAUGUAUCUAGUGGUUUCACUAUCCAUCAGAAUAGUGGUGGAGCUGUGGGGAUUGAAAUUAGUGGAUUCAGUGAGGAAGAGGUUCCACUUUCAAAAUUACUUGAACUAGUGUUAGAAGAGAGACUUGAAGUUGUUAGUUGUCUUUCAACCAAAGUCAAUGGCAGAUUACUCCACAGUUUGCAGUGUGAGGUUGACAAUUCCGACAGUGUAGAUCUAUCUGAGCUGAGAAGGAAAUUUUCCAAUGUAAUUCCAUCACUUAGAUGUUCUGAGUAACUUUGUGGACUGGAAAUUAACACAUAACACAUGUAUCUGCCCUUUCUAACUAGUUUGUAAUUUUGGUUGUGUGAGUUUGCUUGCACCGUAUAUAUUUGGAACCCCUUUGACUCUUUGGUUUGGAACCUUCUGCUUCCAUUGUCAGGAAGAGAAGGACAAAACAUGUGUAGAUAAAAUUUGCUUUUUCCUUCCCUUCACAGCUGUCUUUGCUUUUCAAAAUUUACACAUGAUGAUGAGCGUUUUGUUUCAUUGCUUUGAUAACCUCAUUUAAUCUCUAAUUGCAUGUCAGAUCUAGUACAGAAAAUAUAUUGUCCACUAUUAUAUAAAUUUGAAGUUUUUUGUUU